AUGGCCAAAAGAAGAUUGGCAAGUGCAUUAGAGGCUGGUAAAAUUUUAGGAUCAGUUCAAAUUAAAGAUAUUCAACGUACAGUCGUACCUAACUGCCAUGGUAUCUUUAGUACCAUGUUUUCAUCCGAUGGGUCGAUACUUAUGUCGGCUACUGGAAAGGGAACUAUUGAGAUUCAUGCAACCAAUAACCUGAAGCCUUUAGCAACAUUAAAGCGUGAUCUAAGAUCGAAUCUGCCAAUUACUAGCUUACGAGCAAAUCCCAAGAAUACCAAUCUUGUCUUGGCUGUUGGAUCAGACGGAUACAUUUGCCUUUGGAACGUAGAUACAUGUGAAUGUGUAUAUAGUUUUUGUGAAGAAAAGAAUGUUAUUAAUGCUGUAGAUAUUAACACCAGCGGUGGUAUUUAUGCUACAGCAGGAAAGGAUACCGAUAUACGAGUUUACGAUUUUAGUACACACGAAUGUUUUGUUACCUGCCAUGGCAAGGAUUUAUCAGAGGGUUUAUCUACGCCGUCAGAUGAAGUUGGCCACGGUAGACGAAUAUUCGCGCUUAAAUUUCACCCAGAAAAUAAUAACGUCUUGGUUUCAGGAGGGUGGGAUAAAUUUCUAAAAGUAUGGGAUAUCCGAGUUGGCAAUCGGGCUGUACGAACUAUUAAUGGUCCUUACAUUUGUGGGCAAGGCAUUGAUUUAAUUGAUAACUAUGUUUUAACUGCAUCUUGGGUAGCAACCAAUUCUCUACAGAUCUAUGACUUAACAAGCGGAGAGAUGAUCGAUACCGUCCCGUUUGGUACUAAAGGAGAGUUGAAAACCGAUUAUUUAUACUGUGCAAAAUAUUUAACCAAACAAUGCGUUGUGGCUGGUGGAAGUGGAACUUGCGAUGUCAGACUUGUAGAUAUUAAUAAAGGCGAGUUGCUAGGAAAUAUAGAUAACGACAGAAGGCCAAUACAAACAAUCGAUAUUAUGGGAGAUUAUAUGGCUAUUGGUGGAGUAGGCCCAUCUAUCACAGUUGCUGAAAUUGAAAUGGUAUCAACUUAG